GGGGGUUAUAUAUUUAGUAUCAGAAUUUUAGUAUUUAGAAUCUUGAUAUUACACGCUUUGAAGAAAAAUUAACAUCGGAGAGAUCGAGUUGCCUUUUCGGAGACUCGUCCCUGGACUUGGGAAGCCCCGCUUCCUGAUUCUCCCGAGUGAUGAAAUCUUUGGCUCUACGAAAGAGGAAGUGGAAAGCCUAGAAAGAAAGAGCGCAAGAAACAGGGUGAAAAUUCCUCUGCGGGCGGGCGCUUGCAACUUGAGAGGCGCCAGAAAGUGCUGGCUUUGCGGCGUGUCUGUGCGGCUGCUGCUCUAGUUCUCCAGUGUGCGCCUGGAGCCGCGAGCGGAGUGAGAGGAGGCGGCGCUGUGCAUGCUGGGCUCAGAUUAUGGUGGGGCUUUGCAAUAGGAAGCGAGGCAGGAAGGACUUGAACUAGCGUGUGGCGGCGGCAGGCAGCCCCGCAUAAGGCAGGAGACUGUGGGGUGCGCGCGUGGGGGACUCGGAGCACGGAGCAGACCCCAGAGCCCUGUCGCCAGAAGCGGGACGGGGCUGCCGGGAAAGGCGCCACCGGGGGCGAAAGGUCUCUGGGAACCGAUUUCGCCUCUCUCCCGCCCCCCCCCCGCCCUUUUACGGAUUUGACUGAGGAAGGGGAGGGGGGAGGGGCAGGGGGUUCCUUCCCCCCCCUUUGCCAGAAGAGCCUCGAUUCCCCUCCCCCCGUUUUGGGGAGCCGGCGAAGGAAAAGGAGCCGAUCUCUUUGCCGUCGGCAGCAACAGCCUCCGCCUCCCGCUUGCCCAUUGCUGGGAGAUGGUGACAUAUGAAGCGCGCUGGAAGGACCAUGGUUGAGAGGAACAGCAAGUUCCUGCUGAUCGUGGCGGGCUCGGUGUGCUUCAUGCUCAUCCUGUACCAGUAUGUGGGGCCGGGGCUGAGCCUGGGCGCGCCGAGCGGCCGCUCCUACCAGGACGAGCUGGACCUCUUCCCCACGCCGGAUCCGCACUACGUGAAGAAGUACUACUUCCCCGUGCGGGAGCUGGAGCGCCAGCUGGCCUUCGACAUGAAGGGCGACGACGUGAUCGUCUUCCUGCACAUCCAGAAGACUGGCGGCACCACCUUCGGCCGCCACCUGGUGCAGAACGUGCGCCUCGAGGUGCCCUGCGACUGCCGGCCCGGCCAGAAGAAGUGCACCUGCUACCGGCCCAACCGCAGGGAGACCUGGCUCUUCUCGCGCUUCUCCACCGGCUGGAGCUGCGGGCUGCACGCCGACUGGACCGAGCUCACCAACUGCGUGCCCGGAGUGCUCGACAAGCGGGAGAGCGCCGCCGCCAAGCCGCCCAGGAAAUUUUAUUACAUCACUCUGUUGAGAGAUCCUGUAUCCCGUUACCUCAGUGAAUGGAGACAUGUACAGCGAGGAGCUACCUGGAAAACAUCGUUGCACAUGUGUGACGGUCGGACACCAACUCCUGAAGAGCUCCCAUCAUGCUAUGAAGGCACAGACUGGUCAGGCUGCACCCUUCAGGAGUUCAUGGACUGCCCAUAUAACUUAGCCAACAACCGUCAAGUGAGGAUGUUGGCUGAUCUGAGUCUGGUGGGCUGCUAUAAUAUGUCCUUCAUACCAGAAAACAAGCGAGCACAGAUACUGCUGGAGAGUGCCAAGAAGAAUCUUAAAGACAUGGCCUUUUUUGGCUUGACAGAGUUCCAGAGAAAAACACAGUACUUAUUUGAGAGAACUUUCAAUCUGAAAUUCAUCAGGCCGUUCAUGCAGUACAACAGCACAAGGGCAGGUGGAGUGGAGGUGGACAACAAUACCAUACGAAGGAUUGAAGAGCUUAAUGACUUGGACAUGCAGCUAUAUGACUAUGCAAAGGACCUCUUCCAACAGCGAUACCAGUACAAGCGGCAGCUGGAGAGGAUGGAACAGAGGAUAAAGAAUCGGGAAGAGAGGCUUCUUCACCGGUCUAAUGAGGCACUUCCCAAGGAAGAGACGGAAGAGCAAGGACGUUUGCCUACAGAGGACUACAUGAGCCAUAUUAUAGAGAAGUGGUAACCUUGACAGAAUUUUUUUUUUACUAAGAACAGGAUAUUAAGGUUUCCAUAAUAAAAGAACAUGGAACUUAAAACAAUCUUAUUUAAGAACAGUCUGUAAAACAGAAGGUAGAAUGCUUCUUUAAACAAAGGGUCUUUUUAUUAUUUCUUAUAAGACCAAUGGGGUUCUUAAUAAAAUAAAAUAAAACAAAAAAAAAUAAAGAGUCAAUACUAGAAAACUCAGAUGCACAAACAUUGGCCCUCAGCUCUGAGGCCAAAUACAGUGUAAUGUUUCAUUUCCUCAUAGAGUCAAAUCUAGAGGUCUUGGAUGGUAGCUUUGUAACCACUCUUCUUCAAGUUGAUCUUCCAAAGUCUGAAUGUUUUUUCCUUGUUCAUGUGAGGUUUUCAAUAGUUAAAGUCAUGAUAAUGGUAGUGAAUCUGCCAGACAGUGACUUUGCCCAAGAUACAAUUACAAGGUCUCAAAUGGAAACAGUGUCAAAAAGAACGGCGUGUAAUCAACAUAAAGAAACACAAAGGAAAAGAAAAAAGCAGAGGAUGAGAAGCAUUCAAACAAAUAGACCUGGAUUGCAUAUCAGGCACAGAUGUUUGAAUAUGUUGUACUGGUGUCUUGCAUGCAUAGACCCACAUUCGCUCAUACACACUGCAUUCCCAACACAACUGGAGAAUUUGUGAACAAAUAUCCUUAACCUUUG